AUGGAGACGCAGUCAUUGGGAACGUUUAGACGUGAAGAGGGAGUUGGAGGGACAGGCGACGAAGAGGUGGGGAGACUGUCACCGAUAUUUCCACCAAGAAUGGUGGAGGACGAGGAGGAGGAGGAAGAGGUGGUGUAUCCAGCUAAGCCACUUCCAUUCUCGUCCUCGAAAACACAAUUUGACAGUGGUUAUCUAAGUGGAAGCUUCCAGACACCUGGUCGGAUUGAGGGGUAUCCACCACCACCCCCUCCGGUUAGAGUAUGGACGCUUGACUUCGAAGCAGCAUCAACACCGAAUCGUUGA